UCCUUGCAGAGUGUCUGGCUGUGUGGCUAGUGCGGUCCGACUGUGGUUGUGUUGCAGGUUUACUUGUGUUCGCAACGACACGCUCCAGGCGCCUUUCUCGUCUUUGCUGUUGUGGAGCGAUGGGAAUUUGGGAGAAAUGGCUCUGAAACACACCGGCCGAGCUCUGCUGUCCCUGCUGGGGCUACUGGCUGUCGCUAAUGCUCUGCGUUGUAACUGCACAACCUGUGAGAAGACAGGCUAUGAGUGCGAGACAGAUGGCGCCUGCAUGGCCUCCACAUACACCAUUCAGGGGAAGGAGCAACAUGUUCGCAUCUGCAUCAACCGGGAUAAUCUGGUUCCUCCCGGGCAACCGUUCUACUGUCUGAGCGCUGAGGGUCUACUCAACACUCAUUGCUGCUAUGUGGAUUACUGUAAUAGUAUUGACCUGAAAGUUCCUGUUCCCACAAAGGAGGACCUUUCAGGCUUGGGCAGCUCCUGGGGCCCUGUGGAGCUGGUGGCGGUCAUCGCGGGGCCAGUCUUUCUGCUCUGUGUGCUGUUGAUGGUUGGCGUUUUCCUGUUCCAGUAUCACCAGAGGGCCUACAGUCACAGGCAGAGGCUGGAGGUCGAGGACCCGUCCUGUGACCAUCUGUACUUGGCCAAGGACAAGACCUUGCAGGACCUCAUCUAUGACAUGUCUACCUCUGGAUCAGGCUCUGGUCUACCCCUGUUUGUGCAGCGCACUGUGGCCAGGACCAUUGUGCUUCAGGAAAUCAUAGGAAAGGGUCGCUUUGGCGAGGUAUGGCGAGGCAAGUGGCGCGGAGGGGACGUGGCGGUGAAGAUCUUCUCGUCUAGAGAGGAGCGCUCCUGGUUCAGAGAAGCUGAGAUCUACCAGACAAUCAUGCUUCGCCAUGAAAACAUCCUGGGAUUCAUUGCAGCAGAUAAUAAAGACAACGGCACAUGGACUCAGCUGUGGCUGGUGUCGGACUAUCACGAGCAUGGCUCACUUUUCGACUACCUGAACCGUUACUCGGUCACCAUCGAGGGCAUGAUCAAGCUGGCACUGUCGGCUGCCAGCGGACUGGCGCAUCUGCACAUGGAGAUCCUCGGCACUCAGGGUAAGCCUGGCAUCGCUCAUCGUGACCUCAAGUCUAAAAAUAUCCUGGUUAAGAAAAAUGGCAUGUGCGCCAUUGCGGACCUUGGUCUGGCUGUUCGCCAUGAGUCCAUCACGGACACUAUUGAUAUUGCUCCAAACCAACGUGUGGGCACCAAGAGAUACAUGGCUCCAGAAGUGCUGGACGAAACCAUCAACAUGAAGCACUUUGACUCCUUCAAGUGUGCUGACAUCUACGCGCUGGGCUUGGUGUACUGGGAGAUAGCACGGCGUUGCAAUGCAGGAGGUAUCCAUGAGGAGUACCAACUGCCCUACUACGACCUGGUGCCCUCUGACCCCUCCAUAGAGGAGAUGAGGAAGGUGGUGUGUGACCAGAAGCUGCGGCCCAAUGUGCCAAACUGGUGGCAGAGCUAUGAGUCUCUGCGCGUGAUGGGCAAGAUCAUGAGGGAGUGCUGGUACGCCAACGGGGCGGCCCGACUUACCGCGCUGCGCAUCAAGAAGACUCUGUCCCAGCUCAGCGUGGAGGAGGAUAUCAAGAUGUGAGCGGCCCAAAAAGGAGCUGGAGACGCACAACCAGGCCGCGCCCCUUCCCUACUGCUCCUCGCCCCCACCUUCCGGCCCCCACCUCCCAGACAGAAACACUCAAAACAGAGACUGCAAAUGCAAGAAGCCCUGCCAGUUUUUGAAGCCACACUCCAAGUUGUGACAUGGCCUACCUCACCUUUUUAGCCAAAACUACUGAGACUACACCCCCGCCCUCCACCACCUUGUCAUCCUUGUGUCAACCUCCUCGUCUUCAUGGGCCCACAGCACUACCACUGUUAAUAUCAUCUCACCUAACCUUUUUUAUACUUUCAUCUCCUAUGGCAGGAACUACUAGUGUACAGGGCCUCUUUGUUUUUAUUUAAAUUGUCCCUUGAGCAGCAGGUCAAAUCAUCUUUAUGUCUGUGAAUGUUUGAAGAAGCCAUGUUUGUAGUCACUUGUGAUAGGACUACAAGCACGGUGUCUCGCUCUAGCAAUUUGACUCCAACUGUGACAAUUGUAGCUUCCUCUGUGAAUCCUGCAGGUAACCACUGGACUGCGCACACACACGCUCCACUUCCUGGCAGGGAACAUGUUUGGGAUGUUAAUUUAUUUGAGCUUGUGUUAUUUCAUGUGGAUGAACGUUUAAAGGAGCGGUGAAAUCAGAGCUGUAUGAAAUGGUUUUUUGUUGUUCUUUUAAUAUAUAUAUAGUGUGUUUCUGUAAAGACGUCAUUUUUUUCCCUUCAUGACUUUAGACACUACUGAUGAUGGGUACCUAUGAUUUAAAACACCCUUUUUUUGAUGUGACAUUUGAGCAGUCUAUGGUACUUUUAGACUGUGUGUGUGUGUGUGUGUGGGUGUGGUGUUUUGUUUUUUUUUUAAAACUGUGCCAGAAAACAACAAAACUCAUCAGCUGGAUUUUCUUUGUUCCUCCUUGUUGGUACUACUGAUCCCACAAUUGCUGCAACUUUUGUUUUCCUUUUUAUUUGUAUUGUUUGGAUUGCAAGUCCUUUUUGGGAGCACCAUAGCUGCAGAUGAUGAACCAUCUCCCUCUCAUUGACACUGGAAUAUUUCAGGGCGCCAGCUGAUGACAACACAGACGCCCGAUGUCAUAUGUAGUUCCUGCGAUUUUUAGCGUAAAAGAACACGAGGCAGCAUAUUGUGCUUGGUCGUCAUGGAAGUCAUAUAUUUUUGUUAACGUUGGCCACGUCUAAGUGCUCCAAUGCUUGAUCAGGUAUUUGUGUGUCCAUGUUUGUCUGUUUUGCAUGCCGUCUCAAAUACUGCCCCCCCAUCAACACCACUGUCGCUGCUACUCUUAACGUGACCGAGGAGAAAUAAGAGACAUUUGCUGACAUUUGAACCAAACAAUUGCUCCCCCACCCCCAAAAAAAGUCUACUUUUUGUUUGUUGCCAUGGAUAUACAACCAUUAGACAUUUUCAUGUGUUAUACUUCAAGAUGGAGAAAUCCAUGUUGUGCAAAUGUUUUCAGAAUUAGUGUAUAUAGAUGAUAUACAAUAAAUUCCU